ACAACAACAUCAUCCUCGGCAUCCGAAGCGGUGCUGAUGUCGUCCACAAGUUCGUCUUCAGAGUCAAUGUCGUCGCGCCACUCAAUUUCAUCUUCGAAAAAAUCAUGGCACCGGGCAUUUUUGAAGACAUCCCUGCUUUCCUUGGCACUAAGAGGCUUGAAUUGAGGGUGAUCCGCCAAGGCAUCGCUCUUGCGCGCGAGCAGGUCCACGACGUCUUCGGGGAUGGAGAUGGGAAAUGGGGGGUUGGUGACGUGUUUCGAAUGAAACUUGCAAACGGAUGCCCAAUGGGCGGGAUGCUGAGUCGUUUGGGCGUUGAAGAGCAGCCUCCAAAACUUCAUUUGCGUCCUGUCACAAUCAAACGACUUGUAGAUUGUGGCAAGGAGAGCGGUGGCGAAUGGGUAUCCGGCGACACUGGCAAUCUUGAGGAGUGGGCGCACUGGAGUGUCAUCGCUUGGGUGAAUCGACAUGUCACAAAUCCGAUUCAAAUGCCCAAUGCCCAAGAGGUAGAUCGCGACAACGUCCCCGAGCUUGGCGGCCUUUUCGACGGCUUCGAAGUAUGUCUUGAUUUUGGAUUGAGUCAGCUUGAUCGUACCGUUAGAAUUGAUGACUCGGGUCAUCAUCAGGCGAGCAAAAACGGUCGCGGCGGUUGCUUGCUCGGCCUUUGUGUAUGUUGUGGUGUCUUCGGGUGCGUCCAUGAUCUUCAAGAGCCAUCGGUCGUCGAAACAGCUCGGGGACGGAGACGGAUAGAUCUGGUAGAGACGUCGUACUUCCUCGUCCAAAAUCGUCGUUUGGACAUCGAAACAGCCAUUCUUGUUGACGAGGUAGUCUUCGUGGCUGUGGUAGAUUUCCAACCCGGUGAAGCCGAUCCAAAGGCGGUAUUGAACCAACUUGGAGCCGCGGAUGAGGGCUUCAAAGGUCUUGCAGGUUUGCUUGAGGCGGAGUAUGGUGGGGAUGUCCAGGAGCCAGAGGAAGGCUUCAUUGGCCACGACGAUUUCAGCUUGGGUCAUAGGAUUGACUCGGCGGAUGGUGGCGACCUGGGUGACAUGAUCCGAGACGGGCUUGACCGUGGGGUACAAAACCGGAGAGGGCGGGGCAGCUGGUUCAGCUGGAGCAUCAUCGUGCUCGCGGACACAUUGGCGCUUGGACGGGGACGUGGUAGACUCGACGAGAGAUGCAUUGGUGCGCUCACUACAAGCGACUACGCUCUACGACUUACUCCAGACAUGUCUACUCCUUCCGCCUCUUCCGCUGUCCCUCUGCGCUCCCUUCGUUGCGCCGAAGUCCUCGAAGAUGGCACUCGCUGCCCCGGCCGCGCUGUCCAGACCGGCCUCAAGUGCAAUAUCCUCAAGCUGGAUCCCGCCUCUCUUGCCGACCGACUCUCCUCUCUGUCCCUGGAGCCUGCCCCUGCCAUGAGCAACCCCCGCCCACUUCCGGAAGCCUUCCUCAAGACCUUCCGUGCCCCAGUGUUUACUGGGAAGAGCCGCUCCUCCUCGGUGGAGGACUGGCUGCAGCAACUCGAGGACUACCUCGAUGCUGCCCAAGUCGCCCCCACCCACCACAUCGUCGCCGCCAAGCUCUGCUUAAAGGACCAGGCGUACCGUUGGUACCGCCGCCAAGGGUUCGACGAGCAGAGCGAAGGUGUGUUUGACGACUUCAAGGACCGCCUCCGUCGCCGCUUCGGCAGCCCCAAUGCUGAACUCAUUGCCCGUGACAAGCUAUACUCUCUCGUGCAGCGUGGUUCUGUGACCCGCUACAUCGAGGAGUUUGAAGACCUCUCCUCCCAGAUUGAGGAGCUGGGCUCUGCUGAUGCGAUGUACCUCUUCCAGAAGGGCCUCAAGCCCAAGAUCAGAGAGUACAUCGCCAGCAACCCUGAUGCCCGCAAGUCCCUGGACGUGAUGAUGGACGUUGCCGAGAACCUCGACAACGUCCAGUACCAUGGCCGCCAGUUCUACCCGCAGCUGGCAGGCGGCCAUCGGUCUCAUCACGUCCCAGCCCGUCCGCCUCGCCCGGCCCCGCCCGCAAGACCCAUGCCUGAGCCCAUGGACGUUGACGUCAACGCCAUGGAGGCUCGUGGCCCUCCCCGCUCCCGGUUCCAGCAAGCUGCCACUGUCUCCCCCAAGGACAGACAGAAGCAGGAGGACCUCCGCCAUGGUUCCUGCUUCUUCUGUCACCGACCGGGACACCAGGCCAAGGAGUGCCCCAUGAAGUCGGGAAACGGCCGACCCUACUAG